AUGGUCCGCCUCACCAUGGAUCUGAUUGCCAAAUCCAGCAACCAUUUCAAAAACAAGAGAAGUUACUCCCUCCCAACGUACCUCAAGAAACUCACUCACCUGAACUUCUCCAACAGGAACAUAGAGGACAUUGACGAUCUCUCCAUGUGCAGAAACCUCACAGUCCUCUACCUGUACGACAAUCAGAUCAGCCAGAUCUGCAACCUGGGUUUUGCCUCCAACCUCACUCACCUAUACAUGCAGAACAACAACAUCACUCAUAUAGAUAACCUCUCCAGCCUGCAGAAGCUUUCCAAACUGUACCUGGGGGGAAACAGCAUCACGGUGGUGGAGGGGUUAGAGGAGCUGGGGGAGCUGAAGGAGCUCCACAUGGAGGGCCAGAGACUCCCCAGUGGAGAGAAGCUGCUCUUUGACCCCAGGACUCUCCUCUCCCUCGCUGAAUCUCUAGGUGUCUUGAAUAUCAAUAAGAACAACAUAGAUGAUGUCAGAGAUCUCGCCAUUCUAAAGAAACUCACACAUUUCUUUGCUGCAGACAACCAGCUACAGGACAUGCAGGACUUAGAGUUGGUGUUCAGCCAAUGGCCUCAGCUGCAUCGAAUGGAUUUGAGUGGAAAUCCUGUGUGCCACAAACCCAAGUACAGAGACAGGCUGAUAACUGUGUGCAAAUGCCUGAAUGAGCUUGAUGAGAAGGAAAUUAAUGAGUUGUCCAGGCAGUUCCUGAUUAACUGGAAAGCGUCGAAAGACGCCAAGAAAAAACUGAAAGAUGAAAGAAUUAUGACCGGCCAGAUCACCUAUCCCUUUACUGCAGACUUCCACAUGGGCCCCCAUCCUUCAUCCGAAUAUAACUACGCCAACGUCCUGGGAAAGAGGAAUCCUCCGGAGUGUGGGAGACCCAGCAGGAAGGUCCGCUCAGAACACUCACAACUGGACAGCGCAGCAAUGAGGCCACGGAACGUGAAGAUCCCAGUGAGUGCGGGGCUGCUUAGUGAUGUGGCCGACAAUGCUAAAGUCUGCGGCCUGUGA